UAUAACCCAAUUUUAUCAUCACAUUAUUUACAUUCGUCGACCUCUUCGCGUUCAUUAUCAGUUUCAAAACAGCAAAGUCGAUCGGUUACCGAAUAUUUUAUCGCGUACCAUUGUUAUCUAGAGAACUUUACACCACAUCGUAAAAUGUACUAAACGUAGUAAUAGAAUGUCUUAAUCGGUUUUCCAAUUUCAUUUCGAUACGUUCCAAUUCAUUUUAAUUCAACGUUAUGUUCUCGAAAUUAGCGUGCAGCUUUUGUAGAAAUGUCCGAUUCUAUUCGGGGGACGUUUCUCGGACGGCUCUUUACAAUUUCCACGUGCAAAACGGCGGAAAAAUGAUCGAUUUCGGCGGGUUUAUGUUACCCGUUCAAUACAACGAUCAAAGUAUAAUCAAUUCGCAUUUAUUUACGCGAAAAAGUGCCUCGUUGUUUGAUGUUUCUCACAUGUUACAAACAGAAAUAUUAGGAAAUGAUUGUUCUGAUUACUUAGAAUCUUUAUGCACGGCCGAUUUAAAGUCAUUACAAAAAGACACAUCGGCUUUAACGGUUUUUACGAACGAAAAAGGGGGUAUUUUAGACGAUUUAAUUGUAACAAAAAUUGAGGAGGACCACUUAUUCGUCGUUUCCAACGCAGCUCGCAAAAAUCACGACCAAAACUUGCUAAAACAAGCUUUGAAUAAGCACAAAGCCCUACAUCCAAAAAGCAAUACCAAAUUGCACUUUUUCGAUCCAAUGGAACGCUCCUUAAUCGCGUUGCAAGGCCCGAAAGCUGCGGAAAUUCUCCAAAAAGUCACCAACGUUGAUCUAACCUCAAUCUUCUUCAUGAAAUCGAUCCCAGCUUCAGUUUGCGGGGUUGAAUUGUGCAGGAUAACCCGGUGCGGUUACACAGGAGAGGAUGGAUUCGAAAUUUCAGUUCCUUCCUUAAAAAUAGUUGAUGUAGCGAAUGAAUUAAUCAAAAAUAGCGAUGUUAAAUUAGCCGGAUUAGGCGCGAGGGAUUCUUUGAGGUUAGAAGCCGGGUUGUGCCUUUAUGGGAACGAUAUUACCGAAGAAACCACCCCCGUUGAAGCCGGCUUAACUUGGUUAGUGGCCAAAAGUCGCCGGGAACGCUGCAAUUUUCCAGGGGGUGAUGUCAUUUUGAAUCAGAUUAAAGUUGGAUCCAUCAUUAAGCGAGUUGGUUUAAUGACGGAAGCGGGGCCCCCACCCAGGCAAGGCGCGGUCAUUUUAGACAAAAACGGGGGGAAAAUUUUAGGGGGCGUCACUUCCGGGUGCCCCUCGCCCACGUUAACCAAAAAUAUCGCUAUGGGAUAUGUUCCCGUCGAGUUUAGUAAAAUUGGAAAUGAACUCACCUUGAAAAUCAGGGAGAAGAUUUAUCCCGCGAAGGUCGUUAAAAUGCCCUUUGUACCAGCUAAAUACUAUAAUAAGAAAAAUUAAUUAAUAAAUCUUUUAAUAAACA